ACAUGUGGGAAGAGCCUUUCCUCAUCCAGGAACCUCAAGAGGCAUAUGAGGAUCCAUACUGGAGAGAAGCCCUACAGCUGUGACCUCUGUGGUAAAACCUUUAGCCAUGCUAGCAGUUACACAGGUCACCGCAGGAUCCAUACUGGAGAGAAGCCCUACAGCUGUGACCUCUGUGAUAAAACCUUUAGCCGUGCUAGCAGUUUCACAGUUCACAGCAGGAUCCACACUGAAGAGAAGCCCUACAGAUGUGACCUCUGUGGUAAAACCUUUAGCCAGGCUGGCAGUUUCACAGCUCACUACAGAAUCCACACUGGAGAGAAGCCCUACAGCUGUGACCUCUGUGAUAAAACCUUUAGCCAUGCUAGCAGCUACACAGAUCACCGCAGGAUCCACACUGGAGAGAAGCCCUACAGCUGUGACCUCUGUGGUAAAACCUUUAGCCAGGCUGGCAAUUUCAAAGCUCAUAGCAGGAUCCACACUGGAGAGAAGCCCUACAGCUGUGACCUCUGUGGUAAAACCUUUAGGCGUGCUAGCAAUUGCACAUCUCACGGCAGGAUCCACACUGGAGAGAAACCCUACAGCUGUGACCUCUGUGGUAAAACUUUUAGACAGACUGGGGAAUUGACAGCUCACUGCAGAAUCCACACUGGAGAGAAGCCCUACAGCUGUGACCUCUGUGGUAAAACCUUUAGACAGACUGGGGAAUUGACAGCUCACCGCAGAAUCCACACUGGAGAGAAGCCCUACAGUUGUGACCUCUGUGAUAAAACCUUUAGACUGACUGGGGAUUUGACAGCUCACCGCAAAAUCCACACUGGAGAGAAGCCCUACAGCUGUGACAUCUGUGAUAAAACCUUUAGACUGACUGGGGAUUUGACAGUUCACCGUAGAAUCCACACUGGAGAGAAGCCCUACAACUGUGACCUCUGUCGUAAAACCUUUAAACGGAAUGGGGAAUUGACAGUUCACCGUAGAAUCCACACAGGAGAGAAGCCCUACAUCUGUGACCUUUGUGGUAAAACCUUUAGCCAGGCUGGCAAUCUCAGAGCUCACUGCAGGACCCACACGGGAGAGAAGAUCUAA